AUGCCUGUGCCUGCAGACCCCGCAGACUCAUCUGAUCGCAAUGUGGCUGAGACACUAGAAUGGGCCUGUUUCAAGCAAAAAGUCUAUCACAAGGUCCUUGGUGUUGUAUUCAAGACUGUACAAAAACAAGCACAUUAUGGGGAGGCAAUAAAGUGCAGUGAUAAGUGUGAUAGAUCAGUACACACUGGAGUGCCAGUUAAAUCCCUUGACAGAGAGGAAAGUUGUGCAGUUACAGCAACAUGUAUCACUUUAGCUAGUUACCCCUGCACAAAAUGCUUGGUUCACCAUGACAAGCUACACAAUACCAAUGGCACAUUUGAGGCUCAUAUUGCCAAGGCCAUGCAACAAGCAUAUAUUGCUUCCACUCAAGCAGGAGACUUCAAUGGUAGCAUGCGGGAUGCUUCCCAUUGGCACAACCUCAAACAUUUCACAAAUGUCACCACAGUUGAUUAUGCAGACAGCCAAGUUUUCUUUGACAUAUCAAAGCUUCUGCCUGAAGACUGUUCACUGGUGCAUUAUGAGCAGCUACAGCAGAUAGAUAGCAUUAUACUGGAUUACAAGAAUGCUUGCAAGCAACACUUUGUCAACCAUGUCAUCAAAGAUAUCCAACAAAAGGGCACCACCGAUAACUAUGAAACAGGGAUAGGUGAAGGAAUUCACCAGGAGAUUUGGCAGCCAUACAAGCAAACAUAUUGUAAGAAUGCAGAUCCACAGAUGGCCCGAAUAGACAAGAACCAGGAAGCAAUUGCAUACAUACAAAUGCUGUUGACGAGCAUGACAAGGCCUGCCAACAGCAAGAUGCCAAUUCAGAGGGACCUGAUUCAGAAAACAAACACAACAGAGAAUCUCUCUGGAGAUUUUUUUCUACAAAUGUUUCAGAAGCCAGUCUUGGCGAUAAACCUAUUAAUAUUCGAGAAUACCACUGCCUAUACCUCCGGUAUCAGUCACAAGAGGACUGCACUGAAGGCCACAACAUCCUGA